CCCCUCCCCAGCCUAAUAAAGGCCCAGGCCAGCCAGGCUCCCUCACCUCACCUGUCCCUCACUGGUCCAGGCAGGUGCUCACCUGUCCUGUCCCUCACUGGUCCAGAGUGCCCCUCCCACCAGCCAUGAGGCUCCUCCUGUCGCUCCCGGUCCUGCUGGUGGCUCUGUGGAUGGUCUGCGAAGGCCCAACUCCAGCCCAGGCUGACCCAGAGCCAGCCGGGAUCUUCGAUUUCAUCUCGGGUGUGCUGAAGAAGAUUGGAAAGAGCCUGGGGAAGAACACCGUGAAAUCCAUCAGCAAGAUCAACAAGAAGGAUGUUGCUAAAUUGACCUGGAAAGCGGCAUCAAAGGCGAUUGGAAAACUACCAGAUAUAAUAGAACACAUUCCCUCUCGACACGAGGAGAAUCCACCCCUUACCCCUCCACCCAAGGAGGAUCCACCUGUUACCCCUACACAGAAGGAGGAUCCACCCGUCACCCCUCCACACAAGAAGGAUGCACCCGUUACCCCUACACACAAGAAGGAUGCACCUGUUACUCCUACACACGAGAAGGAUGCACCUGUUACCCCUACGCACAAGAAGCAUGCACCUGUUACCCCUAUGCACAAGAAGGAUGCACCUGUUACCCCUACGCACAAGAAGCAUGCACCUGUUACCCCUAUGCACAAGAAGCAUGCACCUGUUACCCCUAUGCACAAGAAGGAUGCACCUGUUACCCCUACGCACAAGAAGCAUGCACCUGUUACUCCUACGCACAAGAAGCAUGCACCUGUUACCCCUACACACAAGAAGCAUGCACCUGUUGCCCCUAUGCACAAGAAGGAUGCACCUGUUGCCCCUACGCACAAGAAGCAUGCACCUGUUGCCCCUACACACAAGAAGCAUGCACCUGUUACCCCUACGCACAAGAAGGAUGCACCUGUUACCCCUACAUGUGAGAAGGAUGCACCCGUUACCCCUACACACAAGGAAGAUCCUCCCCUCUUCUCUCCUGCUGUGCCCCAGACAGAGGCUCUGAAGUUCUCCACAUCCCCAGCCUCUGUGCCGAAGACUUCCCACGUGACGUGUCAUAUCCCCUCCACCCCCCACCAGCAAUAAAAAUCCUAGAGAGAAUUCUGCGUGCUUCUUUGCUGUGGGGAUGGGGUUAUCGGGACAGAGUGGGGGUUGCGCCUUCAGGAAAGAGAGGCAAGGUCUCACCUUAUUGAGCGUUCUCUACUUGCUCUGUGCUGAGGCCUUAGAACGUCACGAUCUCAAAAGAAUCCUCACAAAAACCUUGGGAGAUGGGCUCUAUAAAUGCCUUGAGGGCAUUGAGACCUGAGAGUGACACCAAACCGCUUAAUCUCAAGUUUUGAUUCCGGCUCAAGACAGGGUUGACAUACGGGAAGCCAUAUUGUAGAAAAGAAACCCUGUUGUAACUUUGAAUGACCUCUGACUAACUAGCCCAGCUGGACACACACCCUCCUGGAGAUCUAACUGCUCUGUAGAUUUUACGACCCCGGCUUGUGCAUGUACCUCCCAGCUGCGACAAGAUGGUAAUUUUGUCCUUUUGAGUUCCUUUGGAAUGUGAUGACCCCCGAACAGACAGUCUGUGCUGAUAGGCACCAUCAAUGGAGACUGAAAGAUCUGGUGUGGUGACUCCCAGUCUGUAACACCAGAGGGUCAACAUUCCUAACCCCUCCCCAAUAACCCAACGGCUGAUAUAGCUGCUGUAAGAUUUUGUGCC